AUGCCAAAGAACACUGAUACAGAGAAAUUACUCAACUCCCAACUGCUGAGUGUCGAGAGAGCUAUUGAAUUUGUAUGUCAUCAGGAGAUCUCUUCGCUCCUUUUACUACCUUUGCAUACUUUUGUUUUUGUGCUCGUUCGUGGCGAAAAGGCAAAGUCGUCGUUGCUUCCACUUUACCUGCCCAAGAUCGAGAAGGCUGUGAAAAUCCCAGUUGUGGGUAAAGUUCAUAUGGUUCUUUCUAAUAUUACUAUGCAAAGGAUCGAUGUGAUUUCUUCAACUGUGAAAACUGGUGAUAAUGGUAUAAUUAUAGCUGUUUCUGGGGCCACCGCGAAUCUGAGUAUGAAUUGGAAGUAUUCAUAUAGCACCUGGUUGAUUCCUAUUGCUCUUUCGGAUCAAGGAAGUGCCACAAUUCGGGUUGAAGGUAUGGAAAUUGGGCUUACCCUCAGUCUGAAGAAUCUACAAGGAUCUCUUAAGCUGUCUGUUCCGGACUGUGGAUGUAAUGUGAAAGAUAUAUCUAUAAAGUUGGAUGGUGGAGCAUCUUUGCUUUAUCAAGGGUUGGUGGAUGCCUUUGAGGGUACAAUUGUUUCUGCAGUUGAAAAUGCUGUUUCCAAGAAAAUAAAAGAUGGAAUUGUAAAGCUUGAUUCUGUAUUGCAAUCUCUUCCUAAAGAAGUUCCAAUAACUAAUGUGGCUUCCAUGAACAUUACAUUUGUUGAUGAUCCAAAGUUGAGUGAAUCAUCACUUGACCUCGAAAUAGAUGGGUUGCUAUCUGCCAAGGAUGAAAUUAUAGUUUCCAACCACCAUCAAGAAACUUUACAAGCUUCAUUCUCCUACAAGGAAGUGGAUAAGAUGGCCAGGAUCUCAUUGCAUGAAGAUGUUCUUAAAUCUGCAUCAGCAGUCUACUUGGAAGCAAAGAAGAUGCAUUGGAUUGUUGACAACAUAUCAGAUCAAUCUCUCUUGAACACAGCUGGAUGGAGGUUUUUUAUUCCGCAGUUGUACAAGUUGUAUCCAAAUGAUGACAUUAACCUGAAUAUUUCUGUAUCUUCACUGCCAACUAUAAAAAUUGAAAAGCAGCAGAUUGAUGCAACAAUUCCCUUGGAUGUGGUGAUUGAUGUUUUGGAUGCGGGUGAAGUAAUUCCAGUUGCAGGCUUUUCAACGGUCUUUAGUGCUUCAAUAUCUGCUGAAAUUUCAGGGAACACUCUAUUCGGUAGAGUGAAGUUAAAUGAAUUCAGCAUGUCUCUUAAGUGGAGCAAAAUCGGUGACUUGCACAUGCGUCUAGUCCAGUCAGUAAUAUCCACUGUGCUGAAGACUGUGAUCUUGCCUUACGUGAAUGUACAACUCAGGAAAGGACAUUCGUUGCCCCUGUUCCAUGGUUACAAGCUUCAAGAUACUCAAAUCAUUUGUGUAGAUUCCUGGAUUGUAAUCAGCAGUGAUGUGGCAUCUGCAUAUGAAAUCAGGAUCGCCUAG